CGAAGAAGAAGAAGUUACGGAGGUCGACGCCACGACUCUCGCUCGCGACGACACGGUGUCGUCUACAGCGUGGGAGACAGAGUGAGGGAGAGAGAGAGAGAGAGAGAGACUGAGAGAGGGAGAGAGGGAGGGGGGAAGGAAUAGAGCGAGAGAAGACAGUGAUAGAAGAAACCAUUUUUCGCGCGCUUGGACCCCUGUCGCGUAAUCGAGCUUUCCUUUCGCACCGCUCGUCACCGUUUGUGAUUAUGGUGCGACUCGUGAGCGUUCGAAUUGCGCCAAAUUGGAUUUCGGAACGCGGGCGCGCUCGUUGUUAUUAGGCAUUUCGGUGGUUUUCGUUCGUGAAGUGAAUAUUCGCGCGAUGUGUCACGAACUACGGCGGCAAUGAACUGCGGUGCCUUCUGGAGGAAGCGAUCGAUUCGAUGAUCGCCAUGCGAUAAAUCAUCGAUCGAUCAAGUGCCGGAAGAGAAGAAGAGCGGAGAAUGACACACGGGCGUUGCGUCGUGUCGUCGACUGACAGCGCGUAAUCUCGCGUGCUCUGAGGAGAGAGAGAGCGAAGCCGGCCGGUUCGGUGUCACGAACGCAAUAAACGAACGAUUCUACGUGCGGAGGGAGAAAAGGCUGUUAAAAAUACCAAGCGUGAUUACAACCUGUUCAGAGAUAAUCGUGCGAGCGGGUGCGCGACACGCGCCCGCGUGCGCGCGGGCUCGUGGCGAUCCGCGGGAUCGUGUUCGAUCGCGUGCAAAACAUGUCCUAAAAUUCACGGAGCGGACAUAUCGAACGCGCAGCGACAACGGGAAGGAAUCUAGUCAUCGGAGUUUUACCAGACCAGAUAUUUUAGCUACUUCUUCGCGAACUGAUUUUCGAAUAGGCGAUACCUACGCGGCAUCAUUGGGGAAAAAAAAAGGUAAACAGCUAGUCGACCGAGAACGAGAGAGACAGACAAAGACGGACGGGCCGUGUUUCAAUAUACGAACAAGGUCGAGCCGGCUCGACGCGCGGUGUUUACGUUUAAUAUCGCGAGGGACGCCCGGGAAGACGCUGCUCGGCAGUGCGGUAUCGGACGUGUUUCGCGCUCGAACGAGUAGCGAGUAACCUAACUCGGCGACGUCGAUGACCGUCUCUCGGCUCGAAACAGGAACGCGCGGCACGCGACUUCCAUUGGCGUUACUAGCAGACCAGCCAGGAUUGUGUAGUCUCGUGACGUUUGUACCUGUGUACGCAAAUGCUAGUGAUCGCCUUGUGCACGCGCGAUCUGGAAAUUCCACGCAAGACGUAGUUGUGCGCGAGCGCGGCGGCUACGUGCGAUAUUGCGAUCGCAUCGCGCCGUUCGUGUUCGUGGUCCAGUGAUAUCGUCGUCCAGCGAGGGGUGCAUCGUACGUUCUGUAUCGCACAUCGUCGGGACCAAAUACGAGACAAGGAAGAAGGAUAAAAACGUGCUGUGAGUGAAUUUGCUUCCAAUUCCGAACGGACCAAGUUAGGAGAAACUUUUGGAAUAGUGAUUUUGCAAGACUGCUCAUGUAUCCUUGGUAUCGGGAUAGUGUCGCGGCUGCUGCGGCGGCUGGCCUUGGCGGGCCGGUCGGUGUCGUCGGUUCCGGAUUUUGUUCGACUGGACCUGGCCAGGGUGGCGCGACUAUCAAGACUGAGAGUGGAUACUCCGACUGCAUGCUCGCCCUCGAUUACGUACAGAGCAAGAAAAAUUCGUUUGCGUGGUCGGAGGGUGGCGAAGAAGGUGGCGGUGGUGGCGGCGGAGGCGGCGGAGGGACGGGUGGGACCGGAACAGGUGGCACGGGUCCAGCGACCACCGGUGGUGGUGGACUGGCCCAUUGGGUUAGUGUCAUGGCGGAACACAUUCACAAUCCACACUCGGCCACUGGCGUCAGUGUUCACCAUCAACAACAAUCCCCUCCCCAGCCACCUUAUCCGUGGAAUAAUGGCCUUUCCAGUGACCAAUGCGCCCCGCACGACAAAGAAAGCGACUACUGGGGUGGCGGCCGAGGCGCGAAACAAGGUUACGAGCACUUUCUGUUGCAGGCGAAAAUGAACGCGGACCACGGUCAACUACAGAAAGGUGAUGAACAGUAUCGUGGCGCCGGUGGUUCGAGUAGCGGAAGCCCACCCGCCAGUCUUCUAGUGGUUCCUCAGCCUCUCACCGUCAAACCCUCUCAUCCGUCGCAUCUUAAUUCUCAUCUCGGUGGGCCCCAUUCGCAUCCGCCGAGGAAGUACCAGUGCAAGAUGUGUCCGCAGAUAUUCGGUAGCAAGGCGGACCUGCAGCUCCACACGCAGAUCCACAUGCGCGAGGCGAAGCCGUACAAGUGCACGCAGUGCUCGAAGGCGUUCGCAAACUCCUCGUACCUGUCCCAGCACACGAGGAUCCACCUGGGCAUUAAGCCGUACCGCUGCGAGAUCUGCCAGCGGAAGUUCACCCAGCUGAGCCACCUACAGCAGCACAUCCGCACGCACACCGGCGACAAGCCGUACAAGUGCCGGCAUCCGGGCUGCACGAAGGCCUUCAGCCAGUUGAGCAAUCUGCAGAGCCAUUCCCGAUGUCACCAAACCGACAAGCCGUACAAAUGUAACUCCUGCUACAAGUGCUUCUCGGACGAGCCGAGUCUGCUCGAGCACAUACCGAAGCACAAGGAGUCGAAGCACCUCAAGACGCACAUCUGCCAGUACUGCGGCAAGAGUUACACCCAAGAGACUUAUCUGGCGAAGCAUAUGCAGAAGCACGCGGAGAGAACGGACAAGAGACCGCCGAUCAUCGGCACCGGCCUCAGGCCGUCGAUACACGCGAUGACCGCGCACCAUCAGGACCACUACUGGCCGAAGGUGAGCCCGGACUCGGUGAUCGGCGACCUGCACGAGAGGCUGCCGCAUCAUCACGCCGAGUACCAUCAGAAUCAGAAUCCGGAGAUGCUGCUGCCCGGGCACGGGCAUCGCGCCGGCGAGUCGAUCGAGAACGACUCGAGGCAGCAGACGCCGCAGCCCGGCGCGAAUCACCAUCCCAACAGCAGCUCGGCCUUCACGCCGAUCUCGUCCAUCUCGAUCAACUCGAUCUCCUCGAUGCAGCAUCCGUUGAACCCGCUCAAUCAUCUGCACUACCCCGGCAGCCAUCAUCCGGCGUCCCGGCCGUAUCUCUACGAGGCGUUCAACACAACGCAAAAGUCCUCGCCGACGUCCUCGUCGUCCGGCGUCACGCCCGGCACCACCAGCAAUCAGAACGCCACGUCCUUCCCGAACCAGCUGAUCAGCCUCCACCAGAUCAGGAAUUACGCUCAUCAGCCGAACCUCGGCAAUCUCGGCAACUUGGGCAAUCUGGGCAACCUGAGCAACCUCAGCAAUCUCAGUGCCACGAUGGAGAGCCACGCGCUGUUGGGCGGUCUCAAGGAGAAGCAGUAACUCGGGCUGGUCUUGAAGACUAAGACUUCGGGAAGCACUCGCGCGCUCUCCGCCGCGCUCUCGCCACGGUCGUUCUGUCCUUUUUUCUUCUGCUUUCCGUGUGAACACGGCGCGUUACGACACUCGCUUCGACCAGCUCGAUCCAGUCUUCUCCUCCGUGAUCUCUUCGCUCGUCUAAUUUAUUUUUUUUUCUUUUUCUACACAUUUGGUGUACGCAAAUUCCUUGGAAACUAACUUUUCGGAGACGUUUGACCUUUUCGGUAUUUGACUUUAUUUUCUAUUGAUGCUAUAAGGAGAGAUAGCAUGUAAGAAUUGUGGGAUCUCAUCGUAAUCUUUCGACAAAUUAAUUGCGCACGAUGGAAACCGUCGUUAAAGAGAGUAACAAUUUUCGACAACGUGCACAAGACUAUCACCACUCUCCUUUUCCCACUUUACUCCCCCUCUUUCGUCUUCUUUCUUCUUUCGAUGUCUUAUUUAUAAUUCUGUCAAUUCCGACUCGAUUGAGGUAUAAAAUAUAUUUAUGAGCACAAGCUGGCCAAAUUCAAGAAUCAGUUGAUAUAUGCAAGGUAAGGAUAGAUUUUAUUCGAAUUAGUGUCAUUUUUUUACUUUGCUCGCCAAUUGAUGCCGCGCUCGAAUCAGCAAGCAAUUUGUGAAAUCGGCGAUUAUAAAAUUUCCAAAGGAAAAAACCAUUUCUUAUAGUUGUAUCCAAGUAUUUCGAUUGUAAUUUAAAUUGAAAACACGCUUCAAAUAUUUUAAUAUUAAAUAUUUAAGUGACUGUUUUAAGCUUCAAAUUGGAGAUACAUGUAUCUCCAUUUAUUCGUAAAACAGCUGUGUUCCACAUAAAAAUUUCAAUUACAUUCCUUAAUGUAAUAAGACUAACGAUACAGUUUUUUUUUUUUUAAAUCUGUCACACUGGUCUAAUGAUCGAUAAUCAAAGUGAUUACGAAGUAUUAGUCACCAAGAACCGUCGAUUUUCAUUUACUUUACAACUAAAAAUUUGAUUUCUACGUUCAUUAAAGACACAAUCGAUUUACUUGACUCUCUCGGAUUGCCACAUGCUUCUCAGCGUACCACGUCCUCGCCAAUGAUCAUGCGUGCCAAUUACGAAGCUAGAAAGUUUCAUCAAUACGCAUUCGUCGCGAUAUAAUCCGUAUGAUCCGAUGCCGGCCGUUUAAGACUGACGUUUGAAUGAUAAAGUGGAGCACGAUCAUGGAUUAACUUAUAUUCGAAUGGUGGACGAUACACUUUCAUAAUGCUAGAAAGUAUACGACACGCCGACGAGUAAACUGCGGGUAAGUUUCUUUCUCGGUUUAUUGAAAAAGAAUCUUCGUUGUACGAACAGAAAUCGAAAUCAUUUUUCGUUAAUUAAAAAAAUGGCCAAUUAUUUCUAUCUUUACAAAGCUAUAUAAUAGCAAGCUUUCCAAUAAAGUCGCUGUAUUUUUUUAGUCGAGCAACGUCCAUCUUCAACAUUCCUCUUAUUUACUUCCCUUAUUUACUUCACUAUUCUUUUGGACGAUCGAGAUUUUAACCGACAUUUUUUAUGUUGUACUCACGAAAACUCGGAGAAUAUUCUAAGUUUAUAUAAUUAAUAUUCUAAGUUCUAUAAGAUUACACCAUUCUCUUUUA